AUGGCAUCAUCUCCAAAUCCUACUGAUCAGAACUUCAUUGUAGUGGAUUUCCACUACAAUGGUCAGUUUGCACCCAAUCCCUUAGUUUACUUUGAUCCCGACAGAGCAUCAGUGCGAGAUGUUGACUUCAGUGGGUUUGGGUAUGAGCAAUUCAUGGAAUUCCUUCACAAGCUCACCAAAUCGAGAAGCAAAGACAUCUAUUUCUGCCUUCCACAAGAGUCUUUAGGUCUUGGAAUUCAUACACUGGUGAACAACGGUGAUUACAAGGAAUUUUUGGAUUUGGCGUAUGCUAAUGACAAGAGAAUGAAUGUAUAUGUGGAUCACCAUAAUGAACCUAUCUUCGACUGGAUUGAGGCUGAGGAAAGUGAAAGUGAAAACGAAGACUUAGAUGAAGAUGAGGAUUCAGUUAUUCAAGAUUCAUAUUCUGUUGAUCAUGAAGAAGAUGAUGCUACCUAUCCAUUUCCAGCAAACAAAACUGCACGUGAUAGAUUUUUAAACAUCCUUUGUGAACCUAUAGAGAGUGAAGAUCAAGAUGAUGAAUACGUGCCACCCCAGUACCCUGUGUAUGAUGAGAGACAGCCAUGGGAUCAGAUGAAACCAAUUAUAGUUAGAGGAGAAGUUAUUUCAGCUGUUGGGAGAGAUGCAAACAACCACAUCUACCCUUUAGCAUGGGCUGUGGUAUGUGUUGAGAAUAAAGAAACAUGGAAGUGGUUCAUAGAUUUGCUUAUGGAUGACAUUAAUGGUGGUCUUGGUGCAGGCAUUACCCUUCUUUCUGAUGGACACAAGGGGUUAUUACAAGCAGUUAAGGAAAAAUGUCCAGAAGCUGAACAUAGACAAUGUGCUAGACACAUUCUGGCCAAUUUUAAUAAAAGGUUUACUGGUCAACAAUACAUAAAGUUAUUUUGGAGGGCUGUAAGGGCUAGUACUGUGGAGAAGUUCAGAGGUGUAAUGGAGAACAUCAAAUCUAUUGAUACUCAUGCUUAUGAUUACCUUAUAGACAGAGAUCCUACUACCUGGUCUAAGGCAUUCUUUCAAGAAGGAAGAGACUGUGAUGCAGUGGAGAAUGGGGUCAGUGAGAGUUUCAAUUCUGCUAUUAGGCAUGCUAGAAGGAGACCUAUAAUCACUAUGCUGGAGGAGAUUAGGUUAUUUGUGAUGGAAAGGAUAUACACUCAAAGAGUUGAAGGAAUGGAAUGGGAUUUGCUUAUAUGUCCAACUAUUAGGAAGCGUAUAGAACAUCUGAAGGUUAAACAGAGAUUGUGGGGAGUUACUCCUUGUGGUUAUCAAAAGUAUGAGGUUAGAUUCACUGAUGUUGCAUAUGGAGUGGAUCUAAUUGCAAAGAAGUGUGCCUGUAGAAUAUGGCAACUUACAGGGAUACCAUGCUUACAUGGAGUGGCAGCAAUAUCUUACUUAAAUCAUGAUGCUGAGGCAUAUGUGUCCCAAUCAUACACUACUGAGGCUUACCUAAAAUGCUACAAAUAUAGCAUUAAUCCUCUCAAUAGUAGUGAAAUGUGGCCAGAUGUUCCAUACCAUAAGCCUUUGCCUCCCAAAAGAAGAAGAUUACCUGGUAGGCCAUCUGUGAAAAGGAAGAGGGAUGCAAUUGAACGAGAGUUGAGUGGAUCAAGUAGACAAACUGUCUCAAGAAGGGGUAGCAUAAUAAAGUGUGGUAUUUGUAAGGAACCAGGUCACAACAAGAAAAAGUGUCCAUCUAACCAACAAAGCAAUACAUCAGUACCAAGUUCAUCCAGGGGCAGUGGAGCAGACCCAAGUUUAUCCAGGGGCAAUGAAGGACCACCACCUCCUCCACCACCACCUGCAGCCCAACAACCUCCUCCACCACCACCUGCAGCCCCCAUGCCAAGAAGAAGGGUCCCAGUUAGUAGAAGUGGAAGGAGGAAAUAUUCUGAACGGAUUAUCAAACAAGCAUUAAGGAGGCAGAUACCUGGGGUUGGGAGCAAUGCAGAUAACCCUUCAGUUAUUGAUUAAUUUAGGGGAUAAUAGUGGGUGGGUAGGAAUAUCUUUUGUAAGGCAGUUGUGAUGUAAAGACAAAGUAGUAGUCUUUUUAUUAUGCUUUUCUAUGGUACUAUCAAGUAGGUGUAUGGGCACAUGGUGGCCCUUCUUUUGUCUAUGCAGGAAUCUUUUGUGUUACCUAGAAACUACUUUUGUGUAUGCAGACAAAAACUUAUAUAACUGUAGAAUAUUAAUGGCGUAUUACAAUGAAUCCAACCACCACAUUCACUUA